AUGGUCGGCCGUCCUUUGGAUCUAACCAACUGCCAACCCCAACUUCGCCCACCUUCGCCAGCCUCCGAGAACCAUCCAGUACAUAUCCACUAUACCGACUCCGCCGAGCAAGAAUGGGAACAGCUACAGAGCUCAUCGAACCCUAUGGCAAAUUUCCUGCUCAAGUUUAUCAUCAUUGGCGAGUCGGGGACCGGGAAGUCGUGUCUGCUCCAUCACUUCCUGCGCUCCCAGCCGCGCCAGCCAUCUCCCCAUACCAUCGGGGUCGAGUUCUCGUCGACGAUCAUCAGUCUGCCCUCGUCGAGCUCGCUGGGCUCCUCGUUCUGCCGGAUGAAACUCCAGAUCUGGGAUACCGCGGGCCAGGAACGGUUCAGAAGUGUGACUCGGAACUACUAUCGGGGUGCGGCGGGUGCGAUCCUGGUGUAUGAUAUUACGGAUCGAGCCUCCUUCACCAGUCUCUCCUCCUGGCUAGCCGACGCCAGAUCGUUAGCCUCCCCAGACCUGAUCGUCAUCCUGGUCGGGAACAAGGUGGAUUUGGAGGAAGAUCUCCGGCAGGUCGACGAGCUCGAGGCCAGCGACUGGGCCAAGCAGCACGACUGCCUGUUCCUGGAGACCUCAUCCUGGACGGGCGAAUCGGUCUCGACGCCGUUCCUCCUCCUGACGCGCUCGAUCCUGUUGUCGAUCGAGUCCGGGCGGAUCGACCCAGAUCGCAAGGGGAGCGGGAUCAGCUAUGGGGAGCGGGCCCUGAAGAGGGUGACCAGCUGGGGUGGGGGGAGCGAGAACGGGUUUGAGAUUGGUGGAAAAAACGACCCUCAGAAACUCACCCCGCUCAGAGCCCACUACCUCAAGCGCGAACUAGUCACCCUCCAAUUCGCAGCCGAACUCGAACGGCUCUCAACACCCCAUGUCCUCUCGCUGCUCGGCCCCCCCUUCCUGCCCAGCCACCUCUUCAAGGACGGCACACCCAUCAUCCCUGAACAGCCAUCACCCCCACUCAGCCACCAUCACAACUCCGACCUGCCCUUCCUGCGCUUCUUCUUCCACAGAUUCGUCCUCUCGUUCCCGUUCCUAGAGAACGUCCCUUCCACCUUCUUCUCCCACAAGCUCCAGCCAUUCGUCUACUCGUUCUUCUCAAGAAACAUCACACGAACCGACGACCGCGAAGAGGAAACAAAACGCCAGAAGAUCGCUGGCAAGGUCGAAAAACAUCUCGCGCUCAUCAUGGCCGCAGCCAUCAAACUAGCCGACAACCGCGGCCAGGAACAAGUCGUCAGAGUCCACCCCAACAUCGACCCCACCCCAAACGACGACGAUGCCUUCGUCUCCACACCGAUCAUCAACCCUCCCGACCAAGUCCGCCUCAAAUCACGCAUGCGCUCAAAGAUCCACGAGGAAUUCGUCAUCAGAACCAGGUCCCAAGCCACCGGCGAAGUCUACGUCAGCAGGAGAUACCGCGACUUUUUCAAACUGGCUGAAUCCUUGAGAGCCGAAUUCCCAGACAUCGACAUCCGAUCACCCCCACCGAAGGAUCGCUCAGCAAUCCACACCGACGAUCUACCCAGCAGCCACCACUCAUCACCCACCCUGGCUGGCGAAGACACACACCACCCCACCAAGAUACACUUCAUCCGGGAGCACAACCGACUCACCCUACGCGCCUAUCUACACAGACUGCUCACCAGACCCGAGAUCUGCAACUCGGAUGAACUCUACAGGUUCCUGACCGACCAGCCGAUCGAACUAAGCCCAGAGGAGAGGCACGAUGCCGAGAACCGGGAGGCGAUCGAUCGGGCACGCGAGAAUGAGAAGAGCCGAUUCAGGCUCGAGGUCGAGGGGCGGGUCAAGGAGCUGGACGACUAUCUGCGCGGGUUCCGCGAGGAGCUGGUGAAGAGCGAUGGCCUCUCGCGCGUCUUUGCUACGAUCAGAGAGAUCGACUCCAUCGACAAGCUGCCCAUCGAAUACCGCAAAGUCAUCGAAUGGUCCAGAAUCUCAUUGGCUUCCACAAUCUAUCAAGUUUUCCUCGGCUCAGAUAACUCAUCUGCCUCGUUUGCUCAGCUGAAACGGAUGCAUGCGCUCUUACCCUACUGGGCCAUGCGCGGGGUGCUCAAGAUCUCAAAUCCGGUGGCCAUGAUCCGAGGCGUGUUGGACUUGUUCCUGGCCAGACCGUUUGGCGCUACUAGUCUAGUACAGCGGAUGUUCUCAUCUGGCCUAUACGAGGAGAUUCGCGAAUUCAAGGAAGAUGCCGAGAAGGUCGCAGUGAAGAUUGCUGAUGAUAGGCUUUGUGAACGAAUCAAGACGUUUGUCGAAGCGCCUCGAGAGAUCCAGGAACUUUUCGAAGAGGAUGCCAGAAGUGAAAAUGUCGAUCUGAUGGCGGUCAUCUUGAGAUCCCCCGAGGGCCCUAAGCUCGACAAGGCAGCCUACCAACGUAUCCAACGAGCCUCUCAAGCCUAUGAACGAUACAAGACCUACCGCGACGGACUGGAUGACCCAGCGCUGGAUGAAGAUAUCGUGACCAUCUUCUAUGCGCCCUUAAUGCAAGUUUACAAGGCUGCCAAUAUUUCGGAUUCGUUGGUUGAUCUACAAAAAUUCAUCGAUGAUCUCAUUCGAACGGUAGAGCGUGCUGACGAGGUUGCUGUGCGAGAUGCGCAGAAGAUUGUUCAAACAUUUGUUGACCUAGUCGCCCGACACGAAGGAGCAUUUUACAACUUUGUCCAUCAAGUUCAUUCGAAGGGGGCCGGACUGUUUGAUGGCCUGAUGCACUGGAUCGAGCUAUUGGUGAACUUUGUCCGGCAAGGACUGACGAACACGAUUUCCCUCGAGGCACUCUUACCGCACCCGGAUACACCCGAGAGAUUAGCGUUGAUGAACGAGAUUGAUGAAAUAAUCGAGUACCAUCGGCGGUUGAAGAUCGCCCACCACGAACGGAUGCUGCGACGGCUGGCGAGAGACGGACCGGAGGAGCGUGCCAGUCGGGCCCCCGACGACCAUUCUUCUUCUCCCCAUCGUAAACCCUCUGCUCAUCGUAGAAAUGGGAGUCCGGCUCAUAACAAGGCUCACAAGAAUAAAGAGAUCGAGCCGCCCAACCUGCUCAUCGUUCCUACACUCACCCCGUUGUUCACCGAGCUCGUCAAAAACCUCUUGCAUUGA